AUGAAUGUUUUCAAGCGUGCCUUCUCCACAACUAAAUAUCUCAGAUCUGCUAUUUAUGAUGGUACUGCUUCAUCCUUAGGGAAAUCAGAAUUCAAUGAAGGUUUACUCUCAAAAGACAUCCCAUCUGUCAAGCUGGCAUACGAUUUGAUCAAUGAAAAAUCAAACACCUCUAACCCUAGACCUCCUGUUCUCAUAUUGCAUGGUGUUUUUGGUUCCAAAUCAAAUAAUAGAACAAUAGCUAAACAACUCAAUGCAAAAUUGGAAAGAGAUGUGUAUUGUCUUGACUUGAGAAAUCAUGGCGAAUCACCUCAUAAUGAAAGACAUGAUUAUCCUUCAUUAGCUGCUGAUGUGGAAAAAUUCAUAGAAUCAAACAAUUUGGGUAAAUCAAUAUUGGUUGGACACUCAAUGGGUGCUAAAGCUGCCAUGGCUGUUAGUUUAAGAAGAGGUGAUUUAGUGGAAAUCCUGGUUAGUGUUGAUAAUUCACCAGUUAAUUUACAACCAUCUUCAUUAUUCCCAAAAUAUAUCAAUAUAUUGGAAAGAAUAGUUUCAAAUAAAGAAAUCAAAACUUCAAAAGAAGCUGAUCAAUAUUUCGCAAAAUUUGAAAAAGAUCAAGUUGUUAGACAAUUUUUAUUACAAAACAUUAAAAAGAAUAAAGAAACUGGUGAGUUGGAAAGUAGAAUCCCAUUAGAAACAUUGAAGAAUGCAUUAGUUAAAGGAAACAUAGCAGCAUGGGAAUAUGAUUCAAAUUUUAAUAGAUAUAUGGGUCCUUCAUUAUUUAUAAGAGGAACAGUUUCAAAAUAUGUUCCUGAUGAAUAUAUCCCAGAAAUUGGUAAAUUUUUCCCUAAUUUUGAAGUGCGUGAUAUUGAAGCUGGUCAUUGGGUUAUGGCUGAAAAACCAAAAGAAACAUUAGAUGUAUUGGUUGAUUAUAUUGAAAGAAAUGAAGAUAUAUAA